UGCUUAAUUAACUCGUAAACCUUACAACGAAGAAUGUGUGAAAAAAGUUCAUCCUCAUACAACGUAUCAAAAUUGUCGAAUGAGCUUCAGAAAAUAUUAGGCAGUAACUACUCACCUGAGUCAAUGACAAACAUGUUAAAUAAAUGUCACGAACUUGGAGUAUAUGAAGUCAGAGAUCUUUUACGGCUAGAGGACGACGAUGUUUCCGAUGCCAUGACAAAAAUUGACAUCAUGAAAUUCAACGAAUACAAAGAAGUUCAGUUGUCUGCUAAACCGUACAUGGGAGAAAAUUCGGAUUUAACUAACGAAUUUUUGGAAAUAUUUGGGAAGAGUUUUCCCGAAGAUUCCAUGAAAAAGUUGCUGGAAAGAUGCAAAAACAUUGGUGUAUACGCAAUUGAAGACAUUCGACUUAUGGACAAAAGUGACGUUUCCGACAUUCUUAAGAAAUUAGAUGUUAAAAAAUUUAACGAAUAUAAAAAGACAAAGCAAUCCUCCACUCCAACAAGUGGCCUGAGGGAUUCGCCAAAAUCAAGAAUCAAAAAAGAGUUUUUAACUAUUUUCGGAAGUCACUACCCCGAGGAAUCACUCCAGAAAUUAAUGGCGGUGUGUGAAAAUAUCGGAGUACAUGAUGUGGAGGACAUACAAAUUAUCGAAGAAGAUGACCUCACUGAUAUUCUUAAAAAAUUGGACAUUGAAAAAUUUAGGGAAUACAAAGUGAAGAAAGGAGUUCAAAUUCAUGCUGUCCAAGCUAACUUUCUGGUAGCCAACGCUGGAAAUAUACAGAGUCUGAACUUUAGCAACAACAGAGUCACCAUAGGAGGGCAUCACAUUCAUUGAAUAAGAAGAAAAGCAUUAAGUGAAAAUUACUAUAUCCAAAAAGUUCAACUCAACAAAUUUGCCUAUUUCCCUUUAUCCAACAAAAUUAGCUGAUAGUGAAAUAUACUGAACAUCGUAGGAUUUUGGUGAUAACUCAAUCCAAAUUUCUGCUCAUUCAAACUAAUGAUUGUUCACAGUUCAAGAAUCUAAAGAAGCGUAGGCAACCAAAUAAGUUCAAACCAAUGAAAAAAGUAUGAAACAUCUUUGCGUUACCUGGCCGCAUAAAUUUGCAUUCAACGGUGUUGUAUUUUUGCUUUUUUACUCAGAGCUGUGAAGUCAUAGUUUAUCUUGUUUCCAUAAAAGUUAGAGCCGGAGUCGGAUUUUUAAACUGUCACACGUUUCUGAUAGAUCCGGGAGUGGGAGUCCACUGUAACUUUUCUCCGUCUCCAUGAUCCUGAUUUUUACAAAGUAUACUGUGUUAUCGUGUAUUACAGAUUUUUUUUUAUGAAAGCAGUGUUUUUCAAUAAUAUGCGAAAAAAAUAUAAGUCGAGUAUACAACCAUAAUGCGACAACUUUCUGAUUGGGUUUAUUGUGCUAAAUAUUUUUUGUACAUAUUUCUUUUAAUUAAAAUUAAAUUGAAUCAGAUGUGGGACACCUCUCAACAUGAUGAUUUUUUUCUAGUUUUUAGGAUUUUGUUUCAUUUACAUAUGUAUAUUAUCAUAUAAUUACUCUGUGUGUUCUAAAUUCUAUCAAAUUUAAUUCUAUUGAAUUUGUUUGUCAAUGAUCCUUCUAUGUUCAUAAAUAUUAUAUAUCAUUUUUGAGAUAUAACAGUAAAUUUAUCAAGUGAGUUUUCUAUAUUUUGUGGUCAUGGAUAUGUU